AUGGGCAGUCUUCUACAGAUGGGUAGAUGCAAGCAGGCACUUGUCCUCUGUCUGUCAGCAUCAGUGAUGUCCUUCUUCAUACACCACUAUUGCACAACAGAGGAAGACACAGAUAAAUGUGUUCCUCAGCAAAUAAGGUACAUUUUAUUUUUCAGCUGCUGUUUGUUUUAACUUUUGGUUUGAAGACUUCCAUCAGUUAUGGUGAAGCCUGAAAUCACUUCAAAUUACAUUUCAAAAUGUAAAGGUACAAUACACUUGUUUUUAAGAGUUCUGCCAUUGUGAAAAUCAAUAAAGUACUGUACCAGUUUUAAAAUUGUAUAUUGGGCCUCUAUCUUCAGCAAUGGAACCUGUCCAGUUCUUGUAGAUUAUUUUCGAUUUGUCCCUGUGAAUCAAUAGAGCCUUACCAUCCACCAGUCCCAGACAACCCAAUUGCAUUUGUCAGGGAAACGGAGUGUUUGAACUGAAAGAUCACCUUCCAAAAGACCAGUAUGAUGACAUAGUCAAACGAAGAGCUGAAGAGUACAAGAAGCAUCAUAUCAGGUGGGUGAAAAUACUACAAAUGUAACCUGGUGUUACGGACAUCACGUAGCUUGCUUAGCGAGUAACCCUUUUCUCCCCGAUUCGGCUCAUACCUGGCUCGAACUCGGGACCUCUGCUUCGCAACACUCGUGAACGUCCUCCUUAACAACAUUUCAAGCUAACUGUGGAGUUAGUUUAUUGCACAUUCUUAAUUCCGUUACACUGGCAACCAGGUCAUUUCAGGACAUGAUAUUCUUCCAUUUCAAGAAAGGAAGAAUAUCCACUAAAUUGUUUGUUAUAUCUUAAAUAUGCACAUGCGGACGGCCUAGGUGCUGUACACAGGAAACAUUUAUGGGACCAUUUGAUAAUCUCCUAGGACAAGCUCCAGUCUGAACAGGCUCAUCUUUGCUCAAUCCAACUCUCCUCUUCAGUAUCCAAUCCAGGGGUUCACUGUUGUCCCUCUUCAUUAAUACCAGGUAGCCUAUGCAAGAACCAUUUGUUUAUGUACCGUCCAUCAUCAGUAAAGAAUAACUGUAUAUAGUAUGUUCUUUGCAAAGCAGUUACACAAUAGAUUAGUAACUCCAUCUUUCAAUUGUUCUAUAAAAAUAUUAUUUCAGGUUUAGCUCUCCAUGCAGCAAAAAGACAAAUUUACAAGGUUGGUUCGAAAUGCUUUGAAUGGAUAAUGGGCUUGAGGGUCUUAUUUUCCCCAUGUUGUAAUAAACAACUGUUUGUUGGUGUUUGAUUGGAAUCUUUGGUAAGACUUUACAGUAAGGAUAUUUAUUGACAUAAAUUAUGCAGUGUAUGUUAUGGCUAAGGCCAUCGUACAGACAAACGCAGGAUACAAACAAAGUCAAUUUUACCCUUAAUGUUAAGAGUUACCUGCUCUUUUUGGUGGUGGUUCUUUACAUCAGGUGUCAUAUCUACCAUUUUCUGCUUAGCGUUUACUUGACGUAGGGUAGUCCCGGGAUGAAAGUAACACCGUUUUUUUCCUAUUUACUCAGAGAUCGAUAGAGUUAGAGAAACCAUAUUUUAUGAUAAACAACUUACAGUAUAUAUGUCCUCUACCAUUAGCAACUGUAAUUAUGUCUAAGGUAAAUUACAUUAAAAUAAAUAAAACGAGAACGAAACUAGCACAAUGCUACUUUUGUACCUGCCAGGCAGGUCUAAACUAACACAGGCUUGGAAAAUUAACAGCUGGACAAAAGUGCACAAUAUGUCUUAUUAAAAUUUUUCUGGUUUGUAAUGCUCGUUACUUUCAACAAAUGUACUAUCAGCCAUAGUUUCUAGUUUGUGUCGAUUCAAUAAAUAAGUAUAUGGUUUUGAAAUUCAUGAGAAUUAACCAUUCGUCAACAUGAAUCAGACUAAAGUGAUCACAUAAAAGCUAUAUUAACCAUCAUCUCUUUAAUGGGAAUUUUCAAUGACUAUUCAUGUUUAGCCCUACCAAUCAGAUGCGCUCCAGAUGUCUUUGUCAUGCGUGCUCCUCGUGUCUUGAUAGAAUAAACGUAUUUAUUCUCUUCCCAAAUGGAAAACUCAUCAUGCUUAUCACAUUUCCAUGGCUUGAGGUAAUUGACCCCCAGAAUCAUAGAUAUAUUUUUUUGACCACUAACCUGUUGAUAAAAGCAUAUUGUGAGAAGCUAAUCAAUCAAAAUAAAAAGGCACAAUUCUAAUUAUGUCAUGUAAUUUUAAAAAAUGUAGUCACUUGUUGAUAUUUUGAUAACAUUAUGAAAGUAAUUUUAACUAAAGGAGACAAUGGCCAGCGCUUAAACAAUUAUUUUAUUCCAGGUCAUCAGUUGACAUUUCGUCCCACCCGUCUCUCCUGUAACUUCUUCCAGGCUAACACCCAAGACUAGCUAGCAUGAUACUUAAAACCUAUGCUGUUGUUUAGUCACUAGAUGGGUUAAGAAAACGACAUAUGUAAGCACAGCUCUACAACCAAAAAACAUUUCUGGCCGGAUUUGGCAGCUUUUUUGUAGGGAGGUCGUCCUCCGCAUUAGGAACGUGCUGACUUCACUACAUCAUUACAGCUUCUGUGUUAUUUGAGAAAAUGGACAUGUUACUUUCGCCCUGUGUUACUUUAGUCCCGGUGUUAUGAUACUCCUGAUUUGUCCCACAGAUGGUUUGUAUACGUUUCUACUGUUGUGGCUAGAUGGAGAAGGCCUACAACGGCUUUGUUUGUAGCAAUGUAGCUAACGCUUUCCCUAACCUAUUUGCCACGUUAAUGUUCCUAACCUGCUAUGUAAACAAACCAUCUGUGGCAACAAAUCAUCAGUACCAUCACACCGGUUCUCCCUCUCUUCCUUUCCUUUUCGCAGUAAAUCGUUUUUUCCCCACUGGGUCAUUCCUCAGUUACGGUAUGUCUGUUUGAGACCGCACUGAUAUGAACAGGAUUGACAAGGUUAUUUCAAAUCUUUUAGCUAGCUAACUGCCUAUCCACAGACAGUUACACAAAUAUUAAAGGCACAUUUUCAAAUUAAAGUUUUACCAUGUAGAACAAAUUACUUCAUCUAUUUUUCACAUUUGUGUACAGUGACAGAAAUGCCUACAAGUUCUGUGCUCCUUGUUCUGGUUCAAUCUAACUUCUAACAACACAACUUUGUUUUAAUACACCUUUGAGGAACUUAAUUGAUUAGAUAAAGAAGUAUGCAGAUGCUAACAGGAACCACAUUGAUUCAACAACUGUACAGUCACAUAAGUUCCAUAGAAGGGGAAGAUGGUCCAUCUUCUCAACCUUUGACCUCAGUCUAUGAAAAUGCUAUGGUGUUAUGUACCUGCAGGUGACUCUGAGUGUGUCCAGUGGUGUCCUGGCCAUCGAGGCCCUUGGAGAGGGGGACAAAGAGGGACAGGGAGAGCAAGAGAUCACUGUCCAGUCUACCAGCCUAUCUGACCUCAACAAUCUUCUGGGACGAAUGACCUACACCAGCACUGUGUACCGGAUGAGGACUGGAGACCUGGGUAAGGCCGUAGAUCCAGGUUUCCUACCAUACCCAUGUCUUCCUCUCUACAUGAUCUGAGACCAUCAUAUGACACCACCCUUCCCUGCUCUUUCACCAGCUCACUUCACGUUUGAACACCAUGAGGCUGUCUUCCCUAUUGUCAUCCAGCAGCCAUCAGUGCCUGUUUUAUAUGACAUAGGAAACGGUGAGAUCCCCCUUUAUUCCCUUGUAAUGUAGCCAGUAUCUGAAAGUGAAAUUGGGGAGAAUUAAUCAACCAUAGGGGUAGGAUCAAGGCUCGGGAUCAGACUGGUGGGAUAGAAAUAAAGGGUACACUAAAGAUGAUGUGAUUGUUAAUUCGUUGUUUUUGGUCGUGAAGCUUCUACGGGAAUAUGCAAAUGGGGGUGUCUUUAAACCGCAAAAUGUAGGGCUAUUGUUACGUACCAUUAGGAAGAAAUAUGACAUCACCCCUCAUAUAAUGAAAAUAUGAAAGCAGAGCAAACAUGCUGUCAGCUUGCCAACUUCAACAUUCCAUAACCCUACUAACUCCCUUCCUGAAAAGUGUGGCAUUAAGCAUCCUCCUCAUGAGCUCCACAAACCCUGCUGGCUUACCAACUUCAACAUGCCAUCACCUAGCUGCUAUCAGCAACGCUGGUGUAUUGACAUAGUCAGGUCCAAAAUUAUUGUCACCCUUGAUAAAGAUGAGCAAAAAAUACUAUAAAAUAAAUAAUUAAAAUACUAAUUUGCUGUAUAUUGUAUGCAAGAAAAGAGAGAAAUUAUGUAAUUUUAUAGUAAUACAAUUGCUCAGAGAAAGAGAUUUUGUUUUAGAAGUUAAAAAGAUAGGGGUCAAAAGGAUUGGCACCUCUGUUUUCAACACUCAAGCACCCUCCCCUUGCGAGAAUAACAACACUGAGACCUUUUCUAAAAUGCUUUAUGAGAUUGGAGAACACAUUGGGAGGGAUCUUAGACCAUUCCUCCAUACAGAAUCUUUACAGAUCUUUGAUAUCCUUCAUCCUGGUACUUGGUAAAGUUCAUGAUGCCAUUGACCUUAAUGGCCCCUGGACCAGUGGAAGCAAAAAUAGCCCCAUAACAUUAAAGAUCCACCACCAUAUUUACAGUAGAUAUGAGGAACUUUUCUGCAUAUACAGUACUUCCGUUUUUCGAUGCCAAACCCACCACUGGUGUGCGUGGCCAAAUAACUCUAAUUUGACAUCUGACCAUAGCACCGGUUCCAAUCCAAGUGCCAAUGCUGUGCCAAACUCCAGGCGGUGCUAUAGUCAGAUGACAAGAAAAUAGAGCUCUUUGGCCACACGCACCAGUGGUGGGUUUGGCGUCGGAAAACUGAUACACAUACUCACCAGCAUUGCUAGUAAUUAGCUUGCAAAAAACUGAACAGUCUUUGGGAAGCCAGAAGUUAAAUAAAAUUGAAUUUCAACUUACUCUGCCGGUUGUCUGGUAACUUAUUAUUAAACAGACUUUCCUAAUGUGACAGCCUGUGAGGUCGGUGAGAUGGUUUUGUGGAUGCAGGAACAGUCAUAUGUAUGCUUUUUUACAUAAUAGUGUAGGUUAACAGGGAGAAUAAACCAAUAUCAAAGUUAUCAAUAUCUUUUUGAAUUAUCAAUAUUGGUUACCACCACUAGCAGACAUUUUGUAUAAAAGCUUAAAAUGACCCCUAAUUCUGGAUUUCACAUGACUGAGAAUACAGAUAUUAAAGAUACCUUUAAAAAAAAAAAGUAGGGGCGUGGAUCAGAAAACCAGUCAGUAUCUGGUUUGACCACCAUUUACCUCAUGCAGCGCGACACAUGUACUUUGCAUAGAGUUGAUCAGGCUGUUGAUUGUGGCCUGUGGAAUGCUGUCCCACUCCUUUGCAAUGGUUGUGCGAAGUUGCUGGAUAUUGGCGGGAACUGGAACACGCUGUCGUACACGUCGAUCCAGAGCAUCCCAAAUAUGCUCAAUGGGUGAUAUAUGGGUGACAAAUGGUGAGUAUGCAGGCCAUGGAAGAACUGGGGCAUUUUCAGCUUCCAGGAAUUGUGUACAAAUCCUUGCGACAUGGGGCUGUGCAUUAUCAUCCUUGUGACAUGGGGCUGUGCAUUAUCAAACAUGAGGUGAUGGUGGCGAGUGGCACGACAAUGGGCCUCAGGAUCUCGUCAUGGUAUCUCUGUACAUUCAAAUUGCCAUCGAUAAAAUGCAAUUGUGUUCGUAGCUUGUGCCUGCCCAUACCAUAACCCCACCUCCACUAUGGGGCACUUUGUUCACAACGUUGACCUCAGCAAACCGCUCGCCAUCUGCCCGGUACAGUUGAAACCGGGAUUCAUCCAUGAAGAGCAUACUUCUCCAGUGUGCCAGUGGCCAUCGAAGGUGAGCAUUUGCUCACAGAAAUCGGUGACGAUGCCAAACUGCAGUCAGGUCAAGACGCUGGUGAGGACGACGAGCAUGCAGAUGAGCUUCCCUGAGACGGUUUCUGACAGUUUGUGCAGAAAUUAAUCGGUUGUGCAAACCCACAGUUUCAUCAGCUGUCUGGGUGGCUGGUCUCAGAUGAUCCUGCAGGUGAAGAAGCCAGAUGUGGAGGUCCUGUGCUGGCGUGGUUACAUGUGGUCUGUGGUUGUGAGGCCGGUUGGAUGUACUGUCAAAUUCUCUAGAAUGACGUUGGAGGCGGCUUAUGGUAGAGAAAUGAACAUUACAUUCUCUGGCAACAACUCUGGUGGACAUUCCUGCAGUCAACAUGCCAAUUGCACGCUCCCUCAUAACUUGAGACAUCUGUCGCAUUGUGUUGUGUGACAAAACUGCAUAUUUUAGAGUGGCCUUUUAUUGUCCCCAGCACAAGGUGCACCUGUGUAAUGAUCAUGCUGUUUAAUCAGCUUCUUGAUAUGCCACACCUGUCAGGUGGAUGGAUUAUCUUGGCAAAGGAGAAAUGCUCACUAACAGGGAUGUAAACAAAUUUGUGCACAAAAUUUGAUAGAAAUAAGCUUUUUGUGCGUAUGGAACAUUUCUGGGAUAUUUUAUUUCAGCUCAUGAAGCAUGGGACCAACACUUUACAUGUUGCGUUUAUAUUUUGGUUCAGUAUACAAAUCAAAUAGACACGUCCACCUCCAAUUGCAGUAGGAUCUAGGAUGUCGCUGCAUUAAACCAGAGAUGAUCUCUCAUUGCAGAUAUCAAUUCCCGGGUGACCAUCGUCACUAAGACGUUUCUGAGAUACACUGAGCUGCAGGUCCUCAUCAGUAGCAUAAGGACCUAUUACAAGGACAUCAAAAUCAUUAUCGCCGACGACAGCCUGGAGCCACAGAAAGUGAACGGCCCCAACAUUGAGCAGUACAUCAUGCCCCCAGCACAGGUACAAGCUGGUUUUGGUCAAAUUGAAAACCUCAAAGUGGACAUUCAAGGUGAAUUGAUGAUGGACAUAAAAUACAGUGGGGAAAAAAGUAUUUAGUCAGCCACCAAUUGUGCAAAUUCUCCCACUUAAAAAGAUGAGAGAGGCCUGUAAUUUUCAUCAUAGGUACACGUCAACUAUGACAGACAAAUUCAGAUAUUUUUUCUCCAGAAAAUCACAUUGUAGGAUUUUUAAUGAAUUUAUUUGCAAAUUAUGGUGGAAAAUAAGUAUUUGGUCACCUACAAACAAGCAAGAUUUCUGGCUCUCACAGACCUGUAACUUCUUCUUUAAGAGGCUCCUCUGUCCUCCACUCGUUACCUGUAUUAAUGGCACCUGUUUGAACUUGUUAUCAGUAUAAAAGACACCUGUCCACAACCUCAAACAGUCACACUCCAAACUCCACUAUGGCCAAGACCAAAGAGCUGUCAAAGGACACCAGAAACAAAAUUGUAGACCUGCACCAGGCUGGGAAGACUGAAUCUGCAAUAGGUAAGCAGCUUGGUUUGAAGAAAUCAACUGUGGGAGCAAUUAUUAGGAAAUGGAAGACAUACAAGACCACUGAUAAUCUCCCUCGAUCUGGGGCUCCAUGCAAGAUCUCACCCCGUGGGGUCAAAAUGAUCACAAGAACGGUGAGCAGAAAUCCCAGAACCACACGGGGGGACCUAGUGAAUGACCUGCAGAGAGCUGGGACCAAAGUAACAAAGCCUACCAUCAGUAACACACUACGCCGCCAGGGACUCAAAUCCUGCAGUGCAAGACGUGUCCCCCUGCUUAAGCCAGUACAUGUCCAGGCCCUCUGAAGUUUGCUAGAGUGCAUUUGGAUGAUCCAGAAGAGGAUUGGGAGAAUGUCAUAUGGUCAGAUGAAACCAAAAUAUAACUUUUUGGUAAAAACUCGUCGUGUUUGGAGGACAAAGAAUGCUGAGUUGCAUCCAAAGAACACCAUACCUACUGUGAAGCAUGGGGGUGGAAACAUCAUGCUUUGGGGCUGUUUUUCUGCAAAGGGACCAGGACGACUGAUCCGUGUAAAGGAAAGAAUGAAUGGGGCCAUGCAUCGUGAGAUUCUGAGUGAAAACCUCCUCCCAUCAGCAAGGGCAUUGAAGAUGAAACAUGGCUGGGUCUUUCAGCAUGACAAUGAUCCCAAACACACCGCCCGUGCAACGAAGGAGUGGCUACGUAAGAAGCAUUUCAAGGUCCUGGAGUGGUCUAGCCAGUCUCCAGAUCUCAACCCCAUAGAAAAUCUUUGGAGGGAGUUGAAAGUCCGUGUUGCCCAGCGACAGCCCCAAAACAUCACUGCUCUAGAGGAGAUCUGCAUGGAGGAAUGGGCCAAAAUACCAGCAACAGUGUGUGAAAACCUUGUGAAGACUUACAGAAAACGUUUGACCUGUGUCAUUGCCAACAAAGGGUAUAUAACAAAGUAUUGAGAAACUUUUGUUAUUGACCAAAUACUUAUUUUCCACCAUAAUUUGCAAAUAAAUUCAUAAAAAAUCCUACAAUGUGAUUUUCUGGAAAAAUAUUUCUCAUUUUGUCUGUCAUAGUUGACGUGUACCUAUGAUGAAAAUUACAUGCCUCUCUCAUCUUUUUAAGUGGGAGAACUUGCACAAUUGGUGGCUGACUAAAUACUUUUUUUUACCCACUGUACAUGUUGAGCAUGUAUGAUUGAAUUUCUGAGUUGAAAGGAAUAUAAAUAACAUUUUAUUGAAAUGUUAUUGUCAAUUAUUGUGACAUGUGCAUUUCUUAAUUACUCUGGUGUAUGUAUUUGUCUCCUGGAGCAGAUCAGUGCAAUAAGGGCAACCUGCCAUAGACCUACACUUACAGAUGUAGGAUCUUAAUCUGAGCCAGUUUGCUACAGCAGGAAAAUAAUCCUGCAGCAAUAGGAAAUGUGGAUUAUAAUUAAUGGAAAUUUUUUAGGGGUUGAUGAUUUUUUUGUUAGGGAAAAUUAAGUCUGAAGUUUUAAAGUGCAAAUUACAAAUGUUAGCUGUGCAGGAAAAUUCUCAGCAACAAAAUAGUCAUCAAAUUAAGAUCCUACAUCUGUAACAAACUCCAGUCGGCCACACUGGAAUUGAAUAUAUAUUUUUUUUAGAAGAACGCAGACAACAACCAAAGCCUUGAGAAAUUUGAAUUGUCAUUAUCAGCAGCAGCAGGCAAACAAAUGAACAGGUUUUGGCAACAGCCUUCGUAAGCAUGCACGUUUAUUUAAAUGACGUCAAAGAAAUGUUUCUCUUUCAUGGUGGCUUUUGUUGAAACAAAAGGCCCUUUUUUAUUGGCUGAGUUUACACAGGCAGCCCAAUUCUGAUCAUUCCUUUUCACUAAUCGGUCUUUUGACCAAUCAUAUCAGCUCUGAAAAAGAGCUGAUGUGAAAAGAUCUGAUGUGAUUGGUCAAAAGACCAAUUAGUGGAAAAAAAUAUUACAAUUGGGCAGCCGGUGUAAACACAGCCUACCUGGCUGUAACAUGCGUCCUUUGUCCUGAUCUUGUCCACAUUCUUAUUGUGGCCACAUUUUUAGACUGGUGUAGACGAUUAAAAGACUAAUUGUGAUCUAAUUGUUAUCAGAUCUUCCUGACCACCUCCCGAGGUAGACACACAUUGUGUUUGGAUAUCCUACAAGUGUAGACGGAUCUGGACAGUGAAACCAUUUAAAUCAUCAUUAUCCCACCCUCUAAAAUCAUUGACAGGUGAUGCCAUUGACUUAUGGCAUCAAUAUGUCUUAAAAUAAAUACUAUUUAGAAAGAAUAGCUGUCAAAUAUUCUGCAUACAGGGAGGCACUAGGAUGCAGACACAGUGGACGGUUAAGAGACAUUUUACUACCAUGUGUAGAUGCAAACGGUUACAAUGUGGACAGGUGCGUUGUCAGUGGGGUGUCAGGGGUGGAACCCCACUGAAAUAUGAUUGCCCCCCCACCCCCAUUCUCAUUGGGUCAGAGCGCUGUCAAUCUGAGCUAUCAGCAGUUAAGUGGUUUUGGUUUUCUUCCUACACAUUUCGCUCUAACUUUCGUUCUAACUUUAAUUUAUGACCCCAUUCCUGAAAGGUAAGACUGUUUCCCUUCACAAUGCUCACCAGCCACGCAGGAGACAUUAGAAGGUACUGUGACAAAACCGCAAUUGAAAGAAAUGCAGAUAUUUUUCAAUUAUCAAUAUUUGUAGGAUUCAUUUCAGUCACUUACUGGUGCAAAUACAAAUUGUUACACCUUUGCCAUAUUCAAGUCAUUUUACAUAUUUUCUUAUUAGCCUUAUCAACAUAGAAACUGGUUGUAGUUUUUGUGCUACAAUGGUUAAAAAGGCUAUUCUGUAACAAUAUAGCUAAAAUCACUAUUGUUUGUCAGUGUCAGGGUAGCCUGUCAUUUCGGUCAUUUGUGUGGUAUUAAAAAAGAUUCUGCUAACUCCAGUAAUGUAAAUUGCUUUCAUCAAUCUAACCAUGUCAGAAUCAGACUUUAUUUUUACUGUCAAAGUAUACUGAGCAGUGGAGGCUGGUGGGAAGAGCUGUAGGAGGACAGGCUCAUUGUAAUGGCUGGAAUGAAAUUAAUGGAAUGGUAUCAAACACAAGGAAACCACAUUUGACUCCGUUCCAAAUUAUUCCAUUCCAGCCAUUACAAUGAGCCCAUCCUCCUAUAGCUCCUCCCACCAGCCCCCCCUAAAGAUUUCCCUAACAAUCCUGUUGACAUGGACACACCUGAAAUCAGGCUACCUAAUGCGACUUUGAUAAAUGCAGACAAUCGCCAAUCAAAAUAAACGUUCUACCACAGCGAGCAUGUUAUUUUUGGGAAGCAUGUUUUAUUCUGAGUUCGGACAUAUAAAGUUUGUAUGUGAACUACUUCUAAGAGGCAUACAUUCAGUUGUUCCGAACACACUUAACUCGCGCUAAAGAGGGAGGCUCGCUCGGCUGGUGCUAUCACAUGCGCAAAUCAAAUACCUCUGGAACGCUGAUUUAAGGUGUUUAUAUGUCCUAAUAAUUCGAAAGAUUGCUCAGAAAACAAGGUGUAUUAAUCGGCGUAUGCUUACUUCGAUUUUGACCUUACGCCGAUUAAGAUAAGCAGAGUAAGGUGUUUACAUGGCUAUUGCAGAAUCUGCCUAAUGCCAUAAUCAGUUUAAUAUCCAAUUAUUAGUGUGCAUGUAAACGUACUCACUGAUUGAAGUGGAUUUAACAAGUGACAUCAAUAAGGGAUCAUAGCUUUCACUUGGUCAAUCUAUGUCAUUGAAAGAGGAGGUGUCCUUAAUGUUUUGUAUACUCAGUGUACAAUCAUGCCAACCGUUGUGAAUAUGUUGUGGAAUUUAAUUUGAAUUUUUAUCAUGUACAUAAUAAAUGUUAAAUAUGAAGAAAAGCAGUAUGACAAUUUGACAUCACCUAGAAAUAAUAGGUGCAUGCCUAUUGUUCUCCAACCGCUAAAGAAGUUGUCGCCAGAACCCGUCCAUUUGUUAGACAACUGCAGCUGCUAAAGAACAUUAUAUUUCAGUUAGUGCAGGGUUUCCUUUCCUAUCGUAUACAGGUGUAGGAUCUUAAUUUGAUCACUGUUGCUGGGAAUUUUCUUGCGCCGCAGGAAAUACAGAUAAGCUUUGUGAUUUACAUAAAUUCACUGAAAACCUGUGCUAACACAUGGUAAUAUUAACUGUAUUGCACUUUUUAUGUAGCAUAAUUUUGGCCAGCUAAUAGCCUAACCACUGAUCAAGCAACAUUAUGUACUAAACUUUCAAAUCCCUUUGCUGGUCAAAUUAAGAUCCUACAUCUGUAUGCCUUUAGAACCCUGCACCCAAAGACUUUUGAUGAUGAACUAUUGAGUCGGGAACACAUUCUGCAAUUAACAAGUCUACCGUUCUUUUUUUUAUAGGAUGUUUUUAUCACAGAUAGGCACUGCUACAAAGUAAUUUUGAGGACAUUUUCCUUCCCAAAGGGCUGGUUUGCUGGCAGGAACCUGGCUGUCUCUCAGGUCACUACCAAGUACUUUAUCUGGGUCGAUGACGACUUCCUGUUCACAGACAAAACCAAGAUCGAGAAUCUGGUGGAGGUGAUGGAGGCCACACCAGAACUAGACGUGGUGAGCAGAGUAACUGUAACCUGAUCCCCGAUCUGUCACCAGGCUAGAAAAGGUAUUACCUGUUUUGCUUAGACUGGGGCUGGAAUUCAGUGGUAACACAACUCUCAACCAACACUUUCUCUUCACGAUAUUGAUGGUGUCAAGGUCCUCCCCUCCAGUGAGGUUCAAAACCUUGGUGUGAUACUUGACAACCAGCUCUCGUUUUGAGGCCCUCAUCAAAAGUCUGACCAAAGUCACAUUUUUCUAUCUAUGGAACAUUGCCAGUUUACAACCUAUGCUGUCACAGCCUGCAGCUGAGCGACUCAUCCACUCCUUUAUCUCAUCCUGUCUGGGCUAUUGUAAUGCCCUGUUUAUUGUUACAUCUGCCAAGUGCCUAAACAGGCUACAAUAUGUCCAAAACUGUGCUGCACGUGUCCUCACACCUACCCUGCGAGCACAUCACUCCAGUGCUGUUCAACCUCCACUGGCUCCCUAUACGCUCACACAUCCACUUCAAAAUCCUGCUUCUCACCGACUAAGCUAUCCACAACUCUGGACCCAAGUACCUGUCUGACCUCAUUCUACCCUCCUGCCCCACACGCACAUUUCGCUCCACCAGGUCCACCUCCCUUCAGCAGCCCUUCAGCAGACUAAUAACUAUGUGACAGGGCUUUCAGUUGUGCGGCUCUGCGGCUGUGGAACACACUUCCAUACACUGUUAGGGCUGCAGAGUCUCUGUCCUCGUUUAAGGCACAGCUCAAUACCCUGCUGUUCAGAAAAGCUUUCAAGGACCUCUGCGAAUUCUAUUCUCAUGUCCUCUGGAUCUGACAACACGUGAAUAUAGCUUUGUUUGUUGUCUGUGUUCCACACUCUUGGAAAAAAGGAUUCCAAAAGGGUUCUUCAGCUGUCCCCAUAGGAUAACCCAAUUUGGUUCAAGGUAGAACCCUUUUUGGUUACAGGUAGAACCCUUUUGGGUUCCAUGUAGAACCCUCUGUGGAAUGGUUUCUACAUGGAACUGAAAAGGGUUCUACCUAUAAAUAAAAAUAGUUAUUCAAAGGGUUCUCCUAUGGGGACAGCAGAAUAACCCUUUUAGGUUCUAGAUACAGUCUUAUGAAGAAAAAAAAGUGCUAUGUUCUCUGUGUUUUGGAUUGUUUCUAUUGUAUUUUUUUUCUACGCAUUGGGUCUGAGAAAUGCGCUUUACAAAUUAAAUGAAGAAUUAUUAUUAUUAUUAUUACUACAUGUGAACCUGCUCUGUUCUCUGCCUCCUGUGAUCAGGUGGGCGGCUCUGUGGCGGGCCACGGCCAGUUCUACUUCUCUUUGGUGUACGAGGAGGGUAAUGGUGAGGACGGGGGUUGUCUGAACAGAAAUGGUGCAGUGAAAUACCAACCUGUUCCAGGCUUCCCCACCUGCUCCUUCACCAGCGGGGUGGUCAACUUAUUCCUUGGUCGCACCGAUGCCGUGCUCAAAGUGGGCUUUGACCCCCGGCUGAAGAGAGUGGCGCAUUCAGGUGGGCGUUUAAAAAAAUAAAUAAUGUUUACCUUUAUUUAUCCAGGAAGUCCCGCUAAGGUCUGAAGAUCUCCAUUAGGAGGGAUACUUUUUUAAAUGUAUAUAUGUACAGUAGGGAGAACAAGUAUUUGAUACACUGCCGAUUUUGCAGGUUUUCCUACUUACAAAGCAUGUAGAGGUCUGUAAUUUUUAUCAUAGGUACACUUCAACUGUGAGAGACGGAAUCUAAAACAAAAAUUCAGAAAAUCACAUUGUAUGAUUUUUAAGUAAUUCAUUUGCAUUUUAUUGCAUGACAUAAGUAUUGAUCACCUACCAACCAGUAAGAAUUCCGGCUCUCACAGACCUGUUAGUUUUUCUUUAAGAAGCCCUCCUGUUCUCCACUCAUUACCUGUAUUACCUGCACCUGUUUGAACUUGUUACCUGUAUAAAAGACACCUGUCCACACACUCAAUUAAACAGACUCCAACCUCUCCACAAUGGCCAAAACCAGAGAGCUGUGUAAGGACAUCAGGGAUAAAAUUGUAGACCUGCACAAGGCUGGGAUGGGCUACAGGACAAUAGGCAAGCAGCUUGGUGAGAAGGCAACAACUGUUGGCGCAAUUAUUAGAAAAUGGAAGAAGUUCAAGAUGACGGUCAAUCACCCUCGGUCUGGGGCUCCAUGCAAGUUCUCACCUCGUGGGGCAUCAAUGAUCAUGAGGAAGGUGAGGGAUCAGCCCAGAACUACACGGCAGGACCUGGUCAAUGACCUGAAGAGAGCUGGGACCACAGUCUCAAAGAAAACCAUUAGUAACACACUACGCCGUCAUGGAUUAAAAUCAUGCAGCACACGCAAGGUCCCCCUGCUCAAGCCAGCGCAUGUCCAAGCCCGUCUGAAGUUUGCCAAUGACCAUCUGGAUGAUCCAGAGGAGGAAUGGGAAAAGGUCAUGUGGUCUGAUGAAACAAAAAUAGAGCUUUUUGGUCUAAACUCCACUCGCCGUGUUUGGAGGAAGAAGAAGGAUGAGUACAACCCCAAGAACACCAUCCCAACCAUGAAGCAUGGAGGUGGAAACAUCAUUCUUUGGGGAUGCUUUUCUGCAAAGGGGACAGGACGACUGCACCGUAUUGAGGGGAGGAUGGAUGGGGCCAUGUAUUGCGAGAUCUUGGCCAACAACCACCUUCCCUCAGUAAGAGCUCUGGAUAAGAGCGUCUGCUAAAUGACUCAAAUGUAAAAUGUAAGAGCAUUGAAGAUGGGUCGUGGCUGGGUCUUCCAGCAUGACAACGACCCGAAACACACAGCCAGGGCAACUAAGGAGUGGCUCCGUAAGAAGCAUCUCAAGGUCCUGGAGUGGCCUAGCCAGUCUCCAGACCUGAAACCAAUAGAAAAUCUUUGGAGGGAGUUGAAAGUCCGUAUUGCCCAGCGACAGCCCCGAAACCUGAAGGAUCUAGAGAAGGUCUGUAUGGAGGAGUGGGCCAAAAUCCCUGCUGCAGUGUGUGCAAACCUGGUCAAGACCUACAGGAAACGUAUGAUCUCUGUAAUUGCAAACAAAGGUUUCUGUACCAAAUAUUAAGUUCUGCUUUUCUGAUGUAUCAAAUACUUAUGUCAUGCAAUAAAAUGCAAAUUAAUUACUUAAAAAAUCAUACAAUGUAAUUUUCUGGAUUUUUGUUUUAGAUUCCGUCUCUCACAGUUGAAGUGUACCUAUGAUAAAAAAUGACAGACCUCUACAUGCUUUGUAAGUAGGAAAACCUGCAAAAUCGGCAGUGUAUCAAAUACUUGUUCUCCCCCACUGUAUUUAUUUAUUUUCUCCUUCUUGAUUAUUUUAGGAGGGAGACUUGGCCAAUAUGUAUUAUGCAUAAACAGUAUGAGAAGUGCACAAUGUGUAUGACAGAGGUAUCGUAUAAUAUAUGUAUAAUGUUGAGUGUGUAAUGUACAGUCAAUCUAUUUUGUACUGUAUAUAGCAGCACUGUGUGUCUUAAGAUAAUUUUCCCACCAGGGACAUUAAAGUUCAUCCUAUGCUAAGAUGGCAGAUAAAACCCAAGUAAAAACAGUUGCACACAUUUUACAUUUACAUUUUAGUCAUUUAGCAGACACUCUUAUCCAGAGUGACUUGCAGGAGCAAUUAGGGUUAAGUCCUUGCUCAACGGCACAUCGACAGAUUGCAGCAAGUCUGUAAACUACGUCAAUAGGAAAUCUGGAAAGCUGUGUCAAUAAGAAAGACAGAGGGACAAACUCGAGAGUGAUGUUCAGUUUCAGUGUUGUUGGGUUACGUGUGGUAAGUUUUGAAGAAGUCAAUUUUUUAUAUAGAUUAUUAUGAACAUGUUGCUGUUAUUAUGCUUAAGGCACUGCUCUGUCUUUGGUAAUUCAUAUUUGGUCCAUUCCAUUUUCCCUGUCCAUAUGUCUGUUUCAGAGUUCUUCAUGGAUGGGUUGGGCAGUUUGCUGGUUGCCAGCUGUAGUCAUGUCAGCAUCGACCACCAACCCAAAAUUGAAAACACAAAGUACUCAUCGUUCCAAAAUCAACAAUCAAAAGACAUAGAAGACAAACUAGCCCACCACUUCUUCAAGAACCACCUGAAAUGUAUCCGUUAUGGAUAGUUUACAAAGAAGUAAACAGUGAAAAUAGUGGUGCAAUAGUGAGGUGCAAUAAUCCAAAUAUGUAAUUGCGGCAUCCCGUCUGUAGUGGCGCAGUUCUCUUCAAAAAAUGUAGGUUUUACAGAGUCACAUUUAUAAUGGCCUAAAAACUGUGUUGCUCUAGGUACUUUCUCCUCUACUGAGUUAUGUGGUCACAGGAGUGAUGUCACAUGGAUUAAACUAAUGGAGCAUUCUAACAGAGUGUUUUCUAAACAAAAUGGAAUGUUCUCAAUACAUAUAUGUUCAUAAAUAUGUACAGAAAUAAUGAUCUUUCUAGCAAAAUGCUCUUUCUUGCACCGUCUAUUUAAAAUGUUACUGUUACUUGGUGCACCACGAAACGUUUAGAAGAUAUCAAUAUGCCUCUUUAAUCAUUAAAUGUUUAUCCUGAGUCCUACAGUUUGACUUAAUGACUUAACAACCAACUUGAUCUGUCCCCUUAGUUGCUACAGUACUUGUUGGACAGGUUAGCGUGACAGCUGUUAUUUCUGUUAAUUUGUUUCACUGUUUUUUUGUUGUUGCCUGUUUCCUCAUCUCCUCUACUUCAUAACUACUGAUGAGUGAACAGACUGUAUAGAAAUGCAGCUGUUUUAUGGCAAGCACAUAGAGAUAGAGGACUCCUCUUUUAUAUAUGUGCCAUUAUAUCAUCUGUGACAGCAUGGGCAGCUCUAUUGAGGCUACAACCCAUAGGA